UCAAAAUUAAAAAAUCAUACAGGUUUGGAUGAUAAAACAUGAGGAUGAUAAAAUGAUGACAAAUUUUGAUUUUGGGUGAAAUAUGCCUUUAAAUUUAUCUGGGUCUGUUUGAACGGAUUAAAAGCGAAGUGGCCACCAGGUGUCGCUGUUGUUCGCUGUUAUUUCCCGGCCUGGGUAAUAAACGCUUAAGCUUGUGAGAGAAAUAAGUGCGUUUAUAUAAAAAAAAACUGUGCGUUUAUUUGACAGAAUGUAGAAAAUAAAACGUGAUAAAAAACAAUUGUAUAAGUAAAAAAAUAUUAAUUUUACCUCAAAACAAUUGUCAACAAAAUAGGCAUAAAUGGGAAUAAAUCUGCUUGGUAAGUGCGUCCAGAUGAACUCCGUCCUUUAUAAUCGGUUUUAGUAAAAUUCAAGGAUAAAAAGCGACUGACGUCCACGCGCUUAUAAAAUCCCGAUGUGUGUGUACAGCUGUAUGAGGCAGGACGCGCGCGCACACACACACACACACGCACACACACUAAUCUUACUGUAAUCUCUCAGAGUGUUUGGCUGCUGUCGUCUGACAGUAUUUAUCGGCUGUAUUUUAUUAUUUACGUGAGCAUAAACGUUCACGACAGAGAAAGAAAGAAUGAACAAUUCAGAAAAUAACGGGUUAAGUUGAGAGGUUCAAUAGAAACAAAACUACAACAACUAUAAAGAAACCGAUUCUCAAUGCUUUGUUUUAGGUGACCAUGGGAACACGAGUGACACCCGUCAUGAUGGUGUAGCUCCGCCCAUUCUCCAGCAGGAUGUUGGUCUCUUCUAGUAACCAUGGACGAGCUUUGAGUCUGAAGGGUGUGGACCCGGAAACAUGUAUGAUUGUUUUCAAAAACCACUGGACACAGGUUCUGAGGAUCUUGGAGAAGCAUGACCCAGGUCGUGGUUUUGGUCUGUCAGGCAGCCUGCGGUUCGGCCCGAUCCCCGGAGACGAAGCGAGCGCGGUGCAGAACUACGUCGAGCACAUGCUCUUCCUGCUAAUGGAGGAGGAUUCUGGGCGGAGCGGUGCUAUGGGUCCUAUCCUAGAGUUUGUGGUGGUGGAGAACGUGAUGGAGAAGUUGUUUCUGUGGAGUCUUCGACGAGAAUUCACAGACGACAUGAAGCUUGAACAGCUGCGCAUGUACGAGAUGCUGGUGGGUCGAGCCAAACAACCUCUGCUUCACCACAAACCCAUCCUAAAACCCCUAAUGAUGCUGCUGUCUACCUGCUCCAGCAGCUCCUCCGUGGGCUUCACCGCUCCAGUAAAAAGCAACAGCUCCAGGACAGGGCUCACCUGCACUACAGGUGGAGGCGGGGCCACGGUGGAGGCGGAGCUUGUGUCUCUGCUGCAUCAGUUGUGCUGCGUGCUGGUGAAAGAUACUUCCGUUCUCGAGCUCUUCUUCCACAGCAGUGAGGAUCAAGGAGCCGCAAACUUUCUGUUAUUUUCUCUUCUCAUUCCGUUCAUUCACCGCGGUGGGACGGUCGGUUCUCAGGCCAGAGAUGCUCUCACGCUUAUCAUGAGCCUUUCAUCUCAGAACCAACUGGUGGCCAAACACAUUACAGAAAACACAUACUUCUGCCCGGUGUUGGCUACUGGUUUGAGUGGUCUGUAUUCGAGUCUACCAGCUAAACUAGAGGUGUACAGUGACGGCUGGUUCUGUCUGGAGAGAAAUGAUUGGCUGCAGAUUCCAGAACUUUCUCAGUUCCUCAACUCACUCAACUUCUGUAGCACUGUGUGCAAGGUUGCUCAUGCGUCAAUCAGAGAUCAGCUGCUGAAUUACAUCUAUAACGGGUUUCUAGUGCCUGUCAUGGCUCCGGCUCUUCAUAAGUUGACUCUGGAAGAAGUGAUGACAACAACAGCGUAUCUGGAGUUGUUCCUGAGGAGUAUGUGUGACCCAGCUCUCCUCCAGACCUUCCUCAUCUUCAUCCUCACACAUUGCCAUGACAACGUCAGCAUCCUGGACACGCUGGUCAGUCGAAUCAACACACCGUUUCAGUUGGGUACGGUGUCUCUGGCUCUGUUUCGAACUCUGAUUGGUCUGUAUUGUGAAGAUGUCAUGCUGCAGUUAAUUCUCAGAUAUUUGAUUCCCUGCACUCAUCUGAAAUGUGGUGAGAGAUUCAGAUUGAAAGAGAGAGAUUGUUACUCCAUAACUGCAUCUGCGCUGCUCUCUCUCGCCCCUUCAUUCUUCAUUUCUCAACCCUGCUGCUCUCCAUCACAACCUCCAAAACCCGACUACAUCCUCUGGUCAAAGGUCACUGAGGGUCUGCUAAAGGGCAACAUGGGCAUAGAGGAUCUGUUCUCAGGUGGAGAUAGUGUCGGAUGUUCUCGAAUAUUCGCUUCAGAGCCCUUAAUAAACAAGAACUACCUCCAUUAUCUGUAUGAUGCCCGUCGGGUCGUCUGUUCCAGCGUGCAGGCAUGCUGCGUAUGGUCGGCCCCAUAUGACGGACUCAAUCCCUCUCCAGAUGAGUGUCAGGAGGAUGAAGACGAGAAAGAUGAUGAUGGGAGUUGUCCUGUCACCACCACAUCGCCCAUUCAGACAGCCACACCCCAGCCGCCCUCCGACAGCGGCUCCACCGGCGAGCGUGAGCGACUGGAGUUGGAGUGGGAUGACACUUACGACGCCGCGCCCGACGGAGACGACAGCCAAGCGAUUUCUGACAACUUACAAGUUUUGCCUAUCCCGGACGAGCCCCCGAAACACAUCCAAGAGAUGAGAAAAACGGCCAUCAUGUUGAUUAAAGGAUCGUACAUUGAGGAAUCAGACUUUCAGGACGACGUGCUGGUUUAUAAUCUAAUCGCUCAGAAAGAUGCACGAGACGACCGGCAAACAUCAAUUAAGGACACGUUACAUCACAACUGUACAAACGACCUACACAAACAAACUAACAACCACCACAUAUUCAACAAUACACACAGCCAUCAUGUCACACAUAAUCCGACACUUACACACAAAUCUGAACCCAAAGAUUCAGCACACCCCAGAUCACAAACAUCCACAGUUAUUGUGAACGGACACGAUUGUAAAGAACAGAAACAGGAGGAGGAGUCUGAGGAUCUGGAUCAAAAUCUUAAUGUCACUUUAGAUCAGCAUCAGAGGAAACAUCAGACCUCAGCAGGAGAUGAAGGUGAUGACUUCAUCUCUCAGUGCCUACAGCUCAUUCACCAUCUGGGUGAAGAAGACGAGAUCAUCAUGGAUGAUGAAGAUCACCAGCAGCGGCUGCAGAUUCUGCUGUAUGGAGAAGAGAAGGAUGUAGACUUUGAUUCUUUAUGUGAUAAAGAUGAAGAUGAAGAACUAAACACGACCGACACCAGAAAACAACGAAUCCCGUUUAUAGGGCCCUUCAUCAGUGUUUUGCUUUCUCGUCUGGAGAACAUGCUGGAAAACUCCAUCGAGGUGAACCUACUGGUUACUGGGAUAUUGACUCAAUUGGCAUCUUACCCACAACCACUACUGCGAGGGUUCUUUCUCAACACAAGACCCGCAUUUCAACCCAGCAUACGAUCACUUUACCAGGUGCUUGUAUCAGUGGGUUCUCAGAUUGAACAGUACACAGCAUCCAGACCCGAGUUUUCUGAACUGGUCCGUGAAGCCGCCCAGUAUCUGCUGCUCAAAGAUCAGAUCUUACAGGAACGAGAGAGAGAUGUCCACCUGCAGGAGAAUGAUGCUGUCUGGUUUCUGAACGGCCGAAUCGCGUCUCAUCUUCAGAAACCUCUUCCUCCGUGUCCUAAAAUCCCAGCACACCUGCGAAACAAAACGUUUGCUGUAAUUCUGUUCAAUGAGUUUUUGAAGGAGCUGGCAGCCAUCGCACAAGAGCACUCAAUAUUACCUGAAUAAAUGACAGAUGAGUAACUCCUACAUCACAUUACAAAAAUAUUCAAAAACAAAUGUCUGCAUGAUCCUAUACAGUGCUUAUCAAAUUUAUUAGACCAUCUGUCAGUUUGUCUCAAAAAUCAUCCAGCAUCAUGUAGUGUUUUAAUGUGGACUUUUUCCUUCAAUGAUUCAUCAUUUUGUUCAGGAGUGAUGAAUGUCAAAUUGAAAUUAAGUUUUUAUGCUCAAAUUUGAGCCGGCAUGUAAUCACCAACACCGUUCAUUUAAGGCAGCUGUGACACAAACCUUACAUUGGUUAAGCACUUUACAUUAAGUUUAUCAAGCACUAUAUAUCUCUCUUCAUCUCUUAACCUCAAAAUACUGGUAAAGCUGAAUUUAUGGAGUUUUAUUUUUAUGUAAUACCUCCAAACUGAUCCAAGAUCAGGCUUGUAUAUCACUCCCG